AGCUGGGCCCACGCCACGCAGAACGCUCUCCUACACUCCCCAUCACAGCUUGGAUUGCUCUGCCUGUGCUAUCACCAUCAGGUCUUGGUCAUUCUGGGUAGUCACUUGUGUGUCUCCCCCAUGGGCUAAGCUAUGUGCUUGUUUUCAGUGCUGAGCUAUACUUGGUCUAUAGUUGGAGCUCAGAGAAUUGUUGGGUGAAUAAAUGAGAGUAACUGUAUGAGGAGGAGUGUUCAAAAUCCUUAACCCCUGGUUAAGAGGCCACUGACCAAUCUGGAACACAGCCUGGCCAGAAUGCUGAGGUGAUGCCUCGUGCCUUCCUGGUAAGGAGUAGGCGCCUGCAACCACCCAACUGGAGCCACCUGCCCGACCAGCUCCGGGGAGACGCCUAUGUCCCAGCCUGCAGAAGCCUGGAGGGGCCACCGGCACACCACUCUUCCAGCCUUGGGGACUCUUGGGCAGCGGUGAGUCUGCAGCCCAUGCAGGGCACUUUGGUCACCACUCCCAAGGACCCUGGGAUGCUUGGCUGCCCGUUCUGCCCCAAGGCCUUUCCGUUGCAGCGCAUGCUGACAAGGCACCUCAAGUGCCACAGCCCCGCGCGCCGCCAUGUGUGCAGCUGUUGUAGCAAGGGCUUUCACGAUGCCUUUGACCUCAAGCGCCACAUGAGGACUCACACGGGGAUCCGCCCAUUCCGCUGCGGAGCUUGCUGGAAAGCAUUUACACAGCGCUGCUCGCUUGAAACUCAUCUCGCCAAGGUGCACGGGCAGCCGGCCAGCUACGCCUACCGUGAGCGCCGUGAGAAGUUGCACGUGUGCGAGGACUGUGGCUUCACCAGCCCAAGACCCGACGCUUAUGAGCAGCACUGCGCCCUACACCGUGCUGCUUGAGACCGCACCCUGUGUCCAACCCAUGAGAGGCAAAUAAACACAGGACACGAACACAGAACGG